AUUCUCUCCGGUUUAAACCUGAUACAGAGAAAGUGUCUGCAAAUGUUAUUCAGGGAAAGUAUUACAGCGUGGCUUUUGAUGAGAGUGGAAAUCUUCAGUCCAUCACAAACUUAACAACAGGCCUCACAUACCCCAUUAGCCAGAACUUCCUAUACUACAAGGCAUUCCCUGGCAACAAAUCUGACAGCCAAGCAUCUGGGGCAUACAUCUUUAGGCCUGCAGACAACACGCCAGUCAGUGUACCACUAACAACUUGGAAUGGCAUUUACAGGGGCUCUGUGGUUCAAGAAGCCUACCAACAGUUCUCCAGCUGGGCUUCCCAAGUUGUACGAGUGUAUGCAGACAAGCCAUACGUGGAAGUGCAGUGGACUAUUGGGCCUAUUCCCACAGAUGAUAAUGUAGGCAAAGAAGUGGUGACUCGUUACAACAUUCCAGGCUUUGGCAACAAGGGAGUGUUCUUCACAGAUGCCAACGGAAGGGAGAUUCUUCAGAGACAACUUAACUACAGGCCGACAUGGAACCUCAACCAGACUGAGCCAGUAGGCGGAAACUACUUCCCAGUGAAUGCUCUCAUUGCUAUCAAGAGUGGCGAUGCCAAAGCCCAACUGUCUGUUCUCGUUGACAGGUCACAAGGGGGCACUAGCCUCAAUGAUGGAGAUGUUGAGAUCAUGCUACAUCGUCGUUUAACCCAAGAUGACGGCAGAGGUGUGGGCGAGCCUCUAAAUGAAACAGGACCUGAUGGAAAAGGAUUGAUUAUCAGAGGGACCCAUUAUCUGGUCUUGGACGCACCAGCCACAGCUGCCAGAGUGUACCGAACUGUUGCCCAAGAAGUGCUCCUCACACCUCAGCUGUCAUUCUCCAACUCAAACAUUCUACCUGGCCAGUAUGUCAAGAAUUUUGUGACUGUUUACACUGGACUACGUAGUGCCUUGCCUCCAAAUGUCCACUUGCUGACCCUUGAUCAGUUCCGCCAUACCGGACCCGUGCCAUCUCCUGGUGGGACAGCACCAUAUAUAAUCAGACUGGAACACUUUUAUGAGGCAGAUGAAGAUUCUGACCUGUCACGACCAGUCACCUUUGAUAUUCAGAACCUUUUUGCACCAUUUACUGUCACGGAUGUUCAUGAGCUGACCCUGGGGGCAAACUUACCUAUUGAAGAGCUGCAGAGACUGUCAUGGAAAACUCAAGAUGGUUCAACACCAGUGAAGCAGAAAAAGGCACUGAUUGGCACCACCAUCACCCUGGGUCCCAUGCAGAUUGUGACUCUUCAAGCCAACAUCAAUUUGUAG